UAUAGAUCCGUGAGCUGCGAGUGUCUGCGUGUCUAACUGCGCCCAACUUCGUGUUUGACCAAAGAAACCUGUAACGGAACUACUGCCAGUUAGAUGCCAGAUUUAAACUCGAGGAAAGUACGCCAUCCCCACCACACACGCACAAACACAUCCCACAGACAUGGCCGAAAGGCAUGAAGACAACUCUCAACGGUUCAACACGGAGGGACACCAACAUAACAGUGAUGACAAAAGCUUAGCCAGAUCGUGUCAGGCCUCCUCCUCUUCCUCCUGCACUGGGGAUGGAGGAAGUUCACCAGGAGGUGAGGGCAAGCGGAGGGAGCAGGACAUUGCGUCAUGUUGCCGGCUUGACGACCUGAAGAAGUGCCACAAGAAGCUGGGUUGGCUGAGCUUCAGCAGUACGCACACCGUCCUCAUCGAUGUGUCCAUUUUCAACGCUUCAAAACAAGUUCGGCCCCAAGAAGGGAGAGACAUGUGGCACAGUAGCUUUGUGAAGAUGCCCUUUUCGCCAGCAAGUGUCAUAACCAUCAAGACUGGAUUGAGGAAGCUGCCCACCCAGGUGAACAGGUGGGAAAUUAUCUCCAAGAAACUGGAUGGUCUGGCCAGUAAGAAGAAACUGGAAGUUGAUGAUGUGGCGGAAGUUAUCAUCAAAUUCAACCCACAAUAUAAAGAUCAGUGGACCUUUGAUGCCCUCUUCUCCUUAGUCAAGUGUAUCCCGAAAGAAGAAAACUACUUCAACACACUGUUUCCGAAGAUCGCGGCGUUGGCUCUCAGCCUCCCCCAGCAUGUGAAGAAGGCCAUCCCACUGCUUCAGACGGGGAAUUGCGCCGUCAUCACUCUGUCACAAGUCCAGAUAUCCUGCCUGCUUGCAAACGCGUUUUUCUGCACCUUCCCACAUCGCAACACGUCCAGACCCAACGCAGAGUACCACAACUACCCCCCCAUUAACUUCAACAGUCUGUUUGGAAACUGGUCGGAUCGGAAGAAAGAAAAGCUGAGGGCCAUCAUGCAUUAUUUCAAUGUGGUUACAGAUGAGAGAACUAAACCACAAGGACUGGUGACAUUUGAGAGGCGUUGCUUGAGAGACUCAGAGUUGCGGAGCUGGAGAAGCUGUGAUGAGAAGCUGUCCAAUCUAUAUGUGACAUCUAAAGGCAACAUCGAGGCCAACUGUGCAGGGAUGUUACAGGUAGAUUUUGCUUCCCGUUGGAUUGGCGGAGGUGUGCUGGGCUCCGGACUGGUGCAGGAAGAGAUCUUGUUCCUAAUGAAUCCAGAGCUGAUAGUUUCCCGACUCUUCACCGAGCGACUGGCGGACAACGAGUGUCUGUUUGUUACAGGCUCUCAGCAGUUCAGCGAAUACUCUGGUUUUGGAGCCAGCUUUGAGUGGGCGGGGCCUCAUAAGGACAAACUGAAACGGGAUGAGUGGGGCCGGCUGCAGAGGCAGAUCUUAGCCAUUGACGCUCUACACUUCAAAAACCCAAGGGAACAGUACAGUAUGAUCAAGGUCACACGAGAACUGAACAAGGCAUUCUGUGGAUUUAAAGGACAUGGGGAUGAUGAGCCAGACAUCGCCACGGGCAAGUGGGGCUGUGGAGUCUUCAAUGGAGACCCUCAACUCAAAGCUGUGAUCCAGCUGAUGGCCGCAGCAAAGGCCAAGAAAGGACUGGCCUUCUUCACCUUUGGCGAUGAAGAACUGGCAAAUGGCCUGAAGCAGAUCUAUCACCUGAUGGUCACAGAAGGGAUUACAGUUGAGAAACUGUACGGACUUCUCGAGGACUACUGUGCUGUUCAGCAGGCCGACAGCCACUCGCAUGUGGAUCUGUUCAAGUUCAUCAGAGACAACAUUAGGUGUUCCAGAAGUCACCUGUGAAGUCAGAUUCAUUUCCACGUCUGCAUCUGAUUUGCACGAAACUAUAGCGGGAAAGAUUUUCUUGCAGAAAUUAGCAAGCUUCGAAACAAUGUCUUAUGUUACACAGCAGUUAUGAUUAUUUCACAUAGAGAAAGAGAAGUUCACCAAAACAACAAAUCCACGUUAUCACAGGACGCAAAUGUUUUAUUUAACUCCUCACUGGCAGAUUGGAAGUGAACAGUUGUUGAAUGCUCGCCACUCAAAACAUUUGCGCAUGUGUGAAAAUAAGACUUCGAGGGGGCCAAUUCAAUUUUUUGAUUUUGUUUUGAAUUCUUAAAAUUCAGAAGACAAUAGAGUGUAAACUAAUGAAUUAUGAUUAAUGUACUAAACUUAUUGAAAAUUACAAUAUGUUCACUGACAGAGGCUGAGAGCCUUAUUCACUAAACAUGUUAAAGGGACAGUAAACCGAAAAAAUGUAAAUGCCCUCAUCUACUCACCACUACGCCGAUGGAGGGGUGGAUGAAGUGUUUGAGUCAACAAAACACGUCUGGAGUUUCAGGGGUAAACAGUGUUAAAUCCAUAUCCAUUACAAUUGAAAAUGAUGGUGACAGAGACCAGACGUAAUAAAACAGCUGGAAGUUUAGAGUCCGUCCAGAGAACUAAUGAUUUACCACGUGUGUACUCCAGCAGGUAAUUCACCUUCUCAGCCAUGGAUAAAGAACUAACUUUUAAAGUCAUAUUCUAACAACAGUGAGUUGAUUGAUGAGAAGAUUUCCCAGGAAAUGCUUUGUCAGGUUUUGUCUGUAAAUCCCAGAACCAGAGCUCCCAAGUUUCAAGUUUCAAGGUUCAAGUUUAUUUGUGAUUACGCCCAUACGUGUAAAAAAUACAGUGGAUUUAAACAGUUAAAAAACUAUGCAAAAAAGCAGCAGUUUGAAAAGACAAGUGCAAUUAAGUGCCUGAAUUAAAAUGUUUACAAUUUUUUUUUUUAUUAAGUGCAAAAUAAGCACAGUUUGAUUAUGUAUAGUAAAAGGAGAUUUCAUGGCCACUGUGGAAUUAUCCAGUAUAAUCACUUUAAAUUAACCACAUUAAUGUCCGUUACGUGCUGUGUUUUCUUUCUCUCCCCCUCUCAUAUCUCCUCCAGGUUGGAGCUACAGAUGCACCUCCACUGGCACAGCUGAGGCCACUCUGGCAUCAGGGUGUGGCCAAUUAAGACCUUCAGCUGUGCCGGUGAGAGAGGGGGGAGCAGCAGUUCGAGAGCAGAUGUAGCAGAGAUGGGCCGUGUGGGCAGGCGUUGUGCUGGCUUAGUGUAUUGGGUUGUUGGUUGGUGUCUUUCUUUUUCCUCUUCCGCUGUAGGAAGGGGCGUUUUUUGUUAACUGAACGAUUACUUAAUAAAUCCAUAUUUUCUCGUUAAACCUUAA